UUUAACUGUUUUCGACGUGUAUUGAAGAUGGCGGAGUCUGCCGUGAGAUCAAAAGGAUGGAAUCUGACAGCAGAGGGAUUAACGUUUUGUUCAGCAGCAGCUGGAAAUUGUGUGUCCACAGAAAAAAUUAUAGAGGCAGCUAAAAAUACUGAUUUGCGUGAGAUUGGUGAAAAAUGGCUGCCAGAGGAUCUAAAUCGUGGAAAGUGUGAAUAUGUGGAAGGUCCUGGUGUUCUCCAGAUCCAGAAGAUCCGCAACAUUUCGGCCCCAAAGGAACAUGAGGAAUCUCAAACAGCACCCCGUAUGCUAAGACUGGCACUGACUGAUGGACAGCAGACCUGCAAUGCUAUUGAAAUGCAGAGACUGGAAAGGAUAGGACUUGACACCCCACCAGGUACUAAGAUCUGUAUAAAGGGAACAGUAGAGGUGGAGAAUGGCUUCCUCUUAUUAACCAACAAAAAUACAGUGUUUGUGGGAGGACGUGUCAACAAACUCGCGGAGAACUGGGAGCUUAAAAAGAUGCUAGCCGGACAAUCAAGAGCCAAUGUAGGCUCAGAAGGAGGACCCCCCUUGUUUGUCCCAUUUGGUCAGAGAAUACGAGAUGCAAAGGGUGCUGUCAAAGUCAAUAAAAGAGAUGACUUUAAAUCCAUUGAAUCAAAUAAGAAAGAGGAGAAGACGGCAGAGGAGAUUGAGUUUGAGCAGCAGAGGAAGGCUACUAUAGCUGAAGCACUGCAGGCUAAGGAGGAAAGCAAGCCCAAGACGUUUGGAGGGGGUACCAAACAGGUGGGGAUGGACAGAGAAAUAUCUAGGAUCGUAGAAAUGGGAUUCACAACUGAGGAAGCCAGCCGGGCGCUCAGACAAACCGACAAUGAUGUAGCAUCAGCCAUUAAUCAGUUGCUGACUGGGAGGAGUAACUUUAAGGACCGGCCAAUGAAUGACCGUGGUGACAGGCGGGGACCACAGCGGGACUUCAGAGAGGACCGACAAGACAACAGGAGAGAUGAUAGACGCGAUGACAGACGAGACGACAGACGUGAUGACAGAAGAGAAAACACGAGAGGUGGUCGGGGACGUGGCCGGGACAGGGAGGAAUUUGGGGAGGAUAUGGGAUCAAGUCGACCCUCAGGACCUGCCACAUUGUUUGACUUCUUAGAAACUAAGAUCAAACCAUCAAAUGAUAAAAGCAGCAAUACAAAAACAGAGAAAAACUCUUCCCAGAGUUCUUCGUCAUCAUACACAAAGUCACAAUAUCAGCACUCAACCAAUCAGAACCAACGAAACAGUGAUUCAGACUAUGGUCAAAGGUAUCAAGGGAAUGAUCGCGAUGAUAACCCCUCCUCUAAAAACUACCGUGGAGGCAGAGACUCUCGGCCCCAAACAGGUCCAGCCUAUGCCUCAAAGGGAGAAAACUCACAGAAACCUUCGUACCAUAAUAAUCAAAACAGUGAAAAGACCUCCACAAAGUCUAACUUUUCUAAUGACAGAGGAAAGCAAAGUUACAAUAAUCAGACAGGCAACCAGAGAGGUCAAAAUAAUUACAACAACGGACAGGUCAAUAGUAAUAGUUCUCGGCCAGAGGACCGAGGAGGUCAGAACAAUCAACGUGGUGCCUACAACAACAGUGGAAAUAGUAGUGACUCCAGUAGCCAGAGCCGUCCAGGAAAGUCACAGGGUUAUACCAACAAAAGAGAUGGAGGCUCAACUAAUCAGACAAGCUCAUCUCAGAACUACAACAGGCAGUCUGGUGCUCAAAACGACAGUCGCCAAUACGGAGGGCAAAAUGGAAACAAACCGUAUGGACAAGGUGAAAAUAAACCAUACGGACAAGGAGAAAAUAAACUAUAUGGACAAGGUAGUGAAAAUAAACCAUACGGACAAGGUGAAAAUAAACCAUACGGACAAGGUAGUGAAAAUAAACCAUACGGACAAGGUGAAAAGAAACCAUACGGACAAGGUAGUGAAAAUAAACCAUACGGUCAAGGUAGUGAAAAUAAACCAUAUGGACAAGGUGAAAAUAAACCAUACGGACAAGGUCGUGAAAACAAACCAUACGGACAAGGUAGUGAAAAUAAACCAUACGGACAAGGUAGUGAAAAUAAACCAUACGGACAAGGUGAAAAUAAACCUUAUGGAUCACAAAAUGACAAUAGGCAAUAUGGAAGGGAUAAUAACAGACAAUUUGGUCAAAAUGACAGCCGGCAGUACGGUGGUUCACAGAAUCAAAGUAGGCAAUAUGGGCAAAGUGAAAGUAGACAUUAUGGUGGGUCUCAGUCAGAACAGUUUAGACAGGACACUCAGCCUUCGGGAGGGCAGCAGAACUUUGAUCCUAAACAAAACAAGGAUUUCAGUAAAGGGCCACAAAAUACUCGGCCAAUGAGACAACCAAACCAGUCCGCAAAUAGUAACCAGAGAGGAACUAACAAGACAACUUAUCAGAACCAGCCACAGAACUUCCCUCCCCCAUCUGCAGCCCCUUUUAAGAAAGGUGACCCCUGUCUGGCUAAGUACUGGGAGGAUAACAAGUUCUACCCAGCUGUUGUCCGGGCGCUGUUUCAAGACCUGCCCACCUGUAUUGUGUUGUUCCCCGAGUAUGGAAAUGAGGAGGAGGUCAAUCUUACUGAUGUUAAACCCUUGAGCAUGCCCCCCAGUCAGUACCUACCUCAUCAACAGCCUCCCAAUCAGCAGUAUGUGGACUAUGGGAGCCAAUCACAGGGGCAACUACUCGGCCAUGACAACCACUUCAACACUAUGGAGUUCCGACGACGCCAAGCACGUCCUGAUCAGAAUAAGCCCACACAGGCUUUUUACCAACCUCCAAGUCAACGCCAGUGAUUGGACGGUUGACCCAGACAUAUCCUAGUCUAGUUUAUAGUGCUUCCCCGGUGUAAAAAAAUAUCAAGAUUAAGAUGGCACUUGUUCUACAGAACACCAGAUUGAUUGAUUAUAGAUAAAACGACUACUAGAUGCUCAAACUUUAUUUAAUUGUCUUGCGGCUUUACUAAGGCCAGUAAAUAUAUUUGAUAUAUUUGUUUAAUUGUAUACAUUUAUAUCAAUAUGGUCAAUUUUACAUCAAUUCUGUACUUGGUAUUUACAUUUUUCAGGUCAGUGUUAGUUUUUGUCUUUAUAUAUUUUUGUUGCAUAUAGUUGCAUUUUUAUGUCAACUUGAUAAAAAGAAUCAUGGCUGUUUUAUUUUGAUUAUUUAGAUAUACAUCUACUUCUGUAAACAAUGUUCCUUAGUAUUCUUGGUACAUGAAAUGUACAUCCGGUUGAGGAUGCAUGCUACCUUACUGUAAUGUCCAUCAGCUUAAGGAUUGUACAUCCGCUUAAGGAUGCAUGCUGCCUUACUGUGAUGUACAUCCGCUUAAGGAUGCACGCUACCUUACUGUGAUGUACAUCCGCUUAAGGAUGCACGCUACCUUACUGUGAUGUACAUCCGCUUAAGGAUCCAUGCUACCUUACUUUAAUGUACAUCAGCUUAAGGAUGGAUGCUACCUAACUGUAAUGUACAU